CCACCAAACAUAUUACUUACAAUAUUUCACAUAUCCUUCCACCUGCUGCUGCUAUUUUCUUUCUUUCUGAUAUUUGUGAUCUGAGUGGUCAGAGAAGUUGAGGCGCUUAAUUAAUAUUUUUGUGAAAUUUAAUGGGCAGAAAGUGCUCACAUUGUGGGAAUAUAGGCCAUAAUUCGAGAACCUGUACAAAUUGCAGAUCAGCGGCGGCCACUGAAUUCAUUUCUCGUCUGAGCCGGAGCCGGAGUCCUCGUCCUCAUCCUAAUGGAGGAGGACUUAGGCUGUUUGGAGUGCAGGUUGAUAUAAUGUCAUCUUCAUCAUCAUUAUCAUCAUCUUGUUGUUGUUGUAAUUCAAAUAAUAUUUUUUCCAUGGCCAACAUGAAGAAAAGCUUCAGCAUGGACUGCCUGCACUCCUCCUACUCCACCUCCUCCUCCUCAUCAUCAUCAACUUCUCCAUCUUCUUCUUCAUUAUCUAAUUCAAGAAUUUCUAAUAUCGAUAAUUCCGAUCAUAAAGCAUCCAUGGGUUAUCUCUCUGACGGUCUCAUACCUCCGCCCAAUGCCCAUGAAAGAAAAAAAGGAGUUCCAUGGACGGAAGAGGAACACCGGAGGUUCCUAGUAGGGCUGGAAAAGCUAGGGAAAGGUGACUGGAGAGGCAUCUCUAGAAAGUAUGUCACCUCCAGAACCCCAGCCCAAGUUGCCAGCCAUGCCCAAAAGUAUUUUCUCAGACAGUCCAAGGUCGCUACUCUCCACACCAACAAGCACCGACGCUCUAGCCUUUUCGACAUGGUUGGGAGCAGAAACAUCAUCGAUGAUAAUAUUAUUAUGGCUGCAGGCUUCCAUGAUUAUGUUAAUGGUAUCAAACAAACUACCUCUCAACCAAAGCUGCAGCUGCUUCAAACUGCAGAUGCCAAACUGCCUCAUCAUCUGCUGCCGGACCUGGACCAUCCUUGCUCUUCUUCUCCUUCACAUAAUGUUUCAGCUGUUAAUUGGGUAUAUGGGUUAAUCAAUAAUUCCCAGAUGAGAUCUCCAAAUGACAAUAAUGCACUCGUACCUGUGCUUGACCUGGAGCUGAAGCUUGCAGCCGGGCCAAGGUCGUCAUCGUCUACUUCUGCUUCUUUGGAUCAAUCUAAAAAUAAUACGCUGCCAUCCCCAGCCCUUUUUGGCCCUAUCAGGGUUACAUGAUUAUUCAUAUCCCUUUCCUUCCCACUUAACAAUUUUAUAUAGCUAGACACAUAAAUUUUCUUUUCUUUUCUUUUCUUUUCCCUUUCCCUAUCCUUGAAUAAUAUUUUGAUUAAGUUUAUCAUGUAUCCAUCUUUAUAUUAUAUGCAUGACUACAACAUAUAUAUGCAAAUGCUAGCAGUAAUUAACCUGUAUA